AUGGGACGACUAGAGAAUAGGAGGGUAAAAUGCAAUUAUAAAUCAAAUAUAAAAUUUAGAAUCGACUCCGGAUCAAAUCCUUUCUAUCUAGCCUCUGUGGUGGGGAAUUUGAAUGGAUAUGGUGAUGUAGCUCAUGUUGAGUUGAAACCUUCAAACUCGGAUUGGGUGCCAAUGCAGAGAUCUUGGGGAGUUACAUGGAAAGCUGAUUUGAAGGAUUCACAAAAAGACGAAUGCCCUGGCCUUUGUAAUAAUGACAAUAUUCACUUUGACUUAAGUGGAAAAGCUUUUGGUUAUUUAGCAAAAACUGGUCAUGAAGAAGAGUUGAGAAACGCAGGAUGGAUCGACAUUCAAUAUACUACUAGAAACCCCUUUUACAUUUGGGUUUCGUGUGCAAUGCUAUUCGACUUUAAAAUAGCAAUGAAGAUUGACUCGGGGUCUAACCCUUAUUACUUAGCUAUGGCUGUGGAGAAUGUGAAUGGGGAUGGUGAGAUCGAUCGAAUCGACAUAACGGCUCAAGGAUGGAAAUCAUGGGCACCUAUGCAACGUAAUUGGGGCGAGACUUGGAAAUUUGAUGUGCCAUUCGGAACCAAUGAACCAUUUUCAAUUAGCUAUAAUCUUUUCUCUAUUUUAAUUAGUUUGUUAAUUUUCAAUCACUCAUGCUUUUGCAUCGAAUUAAUCAAUGUUACAGCAGCCAGCGACUCAUUCUUCAACAGUGUGGCCACGUGGUAUGGCCCCCCCAACGGAGCAGGAAGUGAUGGGGGAGCUUGUGGCUUGGGAUAUGAUAUAGAAAAUGAUCCCUAUUAUGGUUUCGUUUCUGCUGGAAAUAACAACUUAUUUAAAUCCGGAGCCGGCUGCGGAGCUUGUUACGAGGUGAAGUGCAUAAAUAACAAUGCUUGUUCAAAAAAACCAAUUAGAGUAACAAUCACAGACGAGUGUCCCGGUUCAUGCAAUGACGAUGACAUUCACUUCGAUUUAAGUGGAAAAGCUUUUGGAGCUUUGGCAUAUCCUGGCCAAGAAUACAACUUGAGGAAUGCCGGCAGGAUCAGUCUUCAGUAUAGAAGGGUAAAAUGCAACUACAAGUCAAACGUAAAAUUCAAAAUUGUUCCAGGGUCAAAUCCUUAUUAUCUAGCCUUUGUGGUGGAGACUUUGAAUGGAUAUGGUGAUAUUGCUAGUAUUGAACUGCAACCUUCAAACUCAAAUUGGGUGUCAAUGCAAAGAUCUUUCGGAGUCACAUGGAAAGCUGAUUUGAAAUAUGCACAAAAAGGUCCUUUCUCUGUAAGAAUCACUGGACCUGAAAGCAAAGCAUCGAUUACCGCAUACAAUGUCAUCCCUUACGAUUGGAAAAUUGGACAAUUCUAUUACUCCAAUGUUAAUUUUUGA